AUUCAUGUAUACUCUUAACGAGCGUUCAGCACCAAGCAUACUAUGUAUCUCAGACACAUAGUAUGAUACAUAUGGACAUUAGUGAUGCGGAGGAAAGGAGUUAGACAUGCGUGGAGAGAGUCGAGAGUGUGUGAGAGAGUGAGUGAGAGAGAGAGAGAGAGAGAGAGAGAAGGGUGGGUUCCCUACUCGACUAAAAGCCGACCCACCAACCCACCAACCAGUGUGUGUGUGUAGUUGUCUCCCUAGCCCACGCUCGCCUGCCUACUCCUAUCUAAACGCUCUAAACUGGAUUACCAUUACGUCUUGGCGGACACCUACGUCGCUACGUCUCAAGGAUGGGAGAGUCAGUGGCAGACACCCAGUUACACUUACGAUGGCAUUCACAUGCCACUACCUUCACUGGCAUGCUGUCAGACCUGCACCAUGGACGUGCCUACACUGAUGUCUCCUUGGUAUGCGACGGAGGCAUUGUACGGGCACACCGGGCAGUUCUAUCCCUCUGCUCUCCUUAUUUAGCUGUUGUUUUAGGAACAUGUCCGGACACAGAUGCACCGCUGCUCUUGCCAGAGGUUCCCGUACAAGAUGUCCUGUACUUGGUCUCGUUUAUAUACCGUGGCCAGGUAGAUGUUCACCAGCAACAUAUAGCAUCUUUCCUUAGAACGGCAAAACACCUACAUGUUUUAGGCCUUGAAGAAGGAGACAGAUUGGUAGACUCUCCAAGCAAAUCUGAUACAAGUUCGAGCACAUCUGGCAGUGAAGCUGGAGAUGAACCCGCCACGCAGCAGUUUGUCAAUGGAAACAAUAACAAUGAAAAUGAAGAAGAUGAAGCAGAUGAAGAAGAUGAGGAAGAGGAGGAAGAUGAAGAGAUGGGAGAAAGAAUUGAUAUUAUUAAACAUGAAGUGAACGUAAAGGAAGAACCAGUUGAAACAAAUGAGGUCGUGGCAGAUGUCACAAGUGACGGAAGAAUAGACUUGAAUUACUAUCUUCAACAGGCAAUUCAAAGUGCUUCCAUGCCUUGUCCAUUAUGUAAAAAGGAAUUUAAAAGUCAAUCGGGACUAAGAGAUCAUAUUCGAUUACAUACUGGCGAAAGACCUUUUGAAUGUGAAUUCUGCCAAAUGAACUUUGCAAGAGCUUCACAUCUUAAACGUCAUCGCCGCAUGCAUACUGGAGAGAAACCAUUUAUGUGUCGUAUCUGUGGUAAAGACUUUUCUCGAGGAGACAAGCUCAAAGAUCAUUUAAGGAGACAUGAUGCCGAAGACAAAUUGAGUAAAAUUCGAAAACAAAUUUAUAAUCCAGAGGAGGGCACCCAAGAGUCUGAUUCUGAAGCAACUCAGUUAGCUGGCAAUAUUCCCCCUGCACAAGUACUGACAUCAAAAUCAAAUAAUACAACUCCUGAAGCUACAUUAAUGCCACCUGUCAAACGACCAAGAGGACGACCGCCCAAAAAUCCGCAGGCACAUGCACAGUAUCAACAGGCAAUGGCUCAGGUUCCCUCCAUGAUUGUUCCUCCAAGUGAAACGUAUAUGCCUCACAUGCUUGGUGUUACUAGCAUUGGCGAAUGUAUUCUUAGACCAAUUAAUUAAAAACUUUCACAUCGAUGAAGUUCUAAAUAGUUUCUGGUACUAAGUGUCUUGUAGCAAUUAUAUAAAUCCAUAUAUGUUAUAAAAUAAAAAAGCUAUUGUAAGGUAUAUUUUAAGAAUAUCAAAAUUUCAUUUUAAUUUUAGUAAGUAAGGUUUGUUUAUAUAGAUAAUUCAUCACUGUUAUUAUGUGCCUUUUUCCAACUGAUCAAUUGGUAUUAUUCAGUUUAAAUAUUGCUACACAGCAUUAGUCAUUUCAUUUGAUCAUCAGCAAUAGUGAUUUUUAUAAUUUAAUGGUGAUAUUUUAUGCUUUGAUAGGUCACAAUUAAUUUUGGAGCAGCAUUUCCUCCAUCCCCCCCUCCCCCUCCCCUCUCUGGGCAAAUCUAGGCAAAUGCAGUUGAUGUAACAUUGAGUCAAUUUUGAUAAAAUUGAUCAAAAUAUAGUUUGCUAACAUGUAGUUUGAUACCUGUUAUAUAUUGAUUACCAUUAAAAUUGGUACAAUUAUUAUUAUUCAGAUGUGAUGGUGCAGUUCUGUGGUUGGAAAGACACAUAAUUGUUUGCUCGGAGAAAGGAAUUCAGGUUGUUUGGGGAUUUGUAACCUAUAAUGAAUUGUUUUUUCUGGAUGGAAGUCCCUUGUGCCUCCUUGAAGCUACUAUAUGUGAUAUAGUGCCAGACUACAAGGUGCCAUCAAUCACAGAGUUCUAUUUAGCCUCCCGGGCACCGCGAGCUAGAACCUGGCCACCUCAGAGAGGCACAAGGAGCAAUGGCACUUGUGAAUAAAUUUACAUAAAUAUUUUCACUCCUGUCACCACCAAGGGAAGACUUCCAGAAAGUCAGGAAAACAAAACAGACCACUGCUUGUUUAGAAAGCAGUGGUCUUUGUUGGGCGAGUUCUUUUAGCUGUUUUGAGGCUGCGGUCAUGUUUCUAACCCAGCGGUGGUCUGUUUUGUUACUCUGAUUUUCUGGGUGCCUUCCUUUGGUGGUGGCAGUCUUGAAUAAAUUUCCAUAAAAUUUUUCAUAAAUGCCACUGCUCCUUGUACCUCGCUGAAGGGUGAUCAGGUUCUGGCUCGUGGUCUGCGGUAGGCCAAAUAGAAUUCCACGACUGAUGGCACCUUAUAGUCUGGCACCAUAUUAGAUAUAUAGGCACCAGAGCGUCAGGAAGCCAUUCGGGCUCAUCCAGAAAUUGGUAUUUCAUUACAUUCAACGCUGAUUUCUUAUUUAUAAAUUUUCAAGGUAAGUUAUGCAGUUUGUACAUUUCAUAAUUAGUUUUUUCUCUUACAAAUUUUUUAACGAUCUGCCCAGCUGUAAAUGUAAAUUUACAUUGAUUUCAAGAAUUUAGAACAAUGUUCCUGCAUUGAUAAUUAAGAUAAUUAAGAGAACAGUGAUAAUAUUCUUUUAUUCUGAAAACUGACUCAAAGGUUAUUUGUUCAAAUACAUUUGAAAGUUAUUGGCAUGAAAAUGUGUAUUUUAGCAUCUUUUCAAUGUUUGUUACUACAGUUGUGCUAGUCUGUUAUUAGUGCUAGUAGCUAGUAUGUUACUAGCACUAGUCUGUUACUAGUGUUAUUGUGCAAUUCCAUGCUCAGCUGGCCUUUGGACACCUGUGUUAUCAUUUGAAAGAUGUACCGCCCCAAUCAACCCCCUCCUCCCUCGGAGCAGAUCCACAUACCUAUUAAUAUCGUUUAAUUAAAGCAGUUUCAUUAAAUAUGCCCUGAAAUGAUAAAUAGUUUUCCUAGUUAUGUAGAAAAAUUUAGAUUUAGAGUGUAGGAAGAAUGCAUACAAUAACAUAAAUACAUUAUUACAGUAAAAGCUUGAUUAUCUGGUGCUAUAGUAUCUGAAAAGCUCCAGUUCCACUAUUUUCAAAAUCUCCCAAUAUAAAUUAAUUUCUUGUAGAAAUUGGCAUUCCAUACCAUUCCAUCCUGCUGACUUGUCACAUUCCACCCCAGUCUUUCUUUUCUUAUUUUCUUAAAUUUAUCCCAUAAUACUGCUACUACUACUAAUAAUAAUAAUAGAAUAGAACAGAACCUCACUUGUAUUAACUAUAUUGGACUAGAACCUCACUUGUAUGAACUGUAUCAGACUAGAAUCAUGCUUGUAUAACUUGUAUGGGACUAGAACCUUGCUUGUAUGAAUUGUAUGGGACUAGAACCUCACUUGUAAAAAUUGUAUGGUACUAGUAUCUCACCUUUAUGAACUGUAUGGUACUAGUAUCUCACAUGUAUGAACUGGAUGGGACUAGCAUCUUGCUUGUAUGAAUUGUAUAGGACUAAAACCUCAUUUUUAUGAAUGCUUAGGACUUAAACCUCACUUGUAUGAACUAUAUGGGACUGACCUGAUGUGUCCCAUGCAUGUUCUGUCUGAUCCCGGUGACCAUCUCAUGAGAAAUCACUUCUAUUUUGAUAGUAUAUUGUGUGUUUUAUUUAGUUAUGUGAUGUUAUUUGCAUAAAAAAUAUUCCCCUUUGUUUUGUUUUCACUUGUAUUUUUGUUUGCAAACAUUGGUGGUAGAUAGGUCAGAGUCCUGGUGAGUGUCUACAGCUUGAGGAAACUUGUUACUUCCUUGACAAACGGCUGUGCACUAUUCUUUGGACUAGAGAAUAAUUUGUUUGCACUAGGUAGAAAUUUAUGCAAGCAAGGUUCUAUUGUAUUUACAUGAACAAUUUAGUAUUUGGUAAUCUUGUAUACAGUUUUUUCUCAAUUGUCUAAAUAAAUUGAGAGUGACUCCAGUGAAAAAAUAGAGAUUGUCUAGUGUAUCUAUGGUUUAACUGGCCAUCAACCAGAUCAUACUGAGACCAUAAUUGGACCAGAUCUUGUGUUUCCAGUAGGAUGUAAAACUUCUGUGUUGGCAGUCACAUUAUGACAUUGGAACGUCACACACCUCGUGAACCAUAUGUAAAACACAACAUUUUAUCUCUUGUUUUCGUUAGGUUGGGAUAGAUGACGCAACAGGUAACAUUUUUCGCAGGUCUUAGACCCCCUACUCCAUUUUUCCAUGAUCUAGCAUAUCCAGUGUAUCACCAUAUUAUUCAUUCUGUGGUUGGAUGGCCUGAAGACAUUAUCUGAACCAAACACUGGAUGGUUAAUCUAGAAGUUCAGUAAGCAAGUGCCAGAUAAUUAGGAGAACAGUGAUAAUAUUCUUUUAUUCUGAAAACUGACUCAAAGGUUAUUUGUUUAAAUUGGAGUAAUAAUGGCAUUAAAUUGUAUGAGACAGUACAGUGCACCCUUUCAAAUCUGGGCCUCCAUAUAGUGGAUCCCCAUUAAAAACAAUGUACCAAAACCAACUAGAUUUCUGUAAAAAAUUGGUAUUUCUAAAAAAAAAAUAAUCAGGAUUCCAGAGGGGGAUUUAAUGAAAUCUGGAGCAUUAGUUCAUCUCACAAAGCAAUUUCCAAUAAAUUUAUUAUUUAUAUAUACUAGUGUACAGUAUAUUUUUUGAUAAUCUUGCUUAUUUAUUUGUAAAUUUGAUUUAAAACCAUGUACUGUAUUUAUAUUUUAUAAAUGUGUUACUAAGCUUGUCCUGUACUAUAAGUUGCACAAACACGUUGAUUUAUGUGACGAUAAUUAUGAGGCAUACAGACCUAUCGUGAGGGUACACAAACCGACUGUUUGUAGUCCUUGUUUGUGAGUGUGGUCUCACCUCUCACUAUUUAAACAUUUUUAAUGGCUUUUCACCUGAUAUACUAUUAUUCAUGAGUUGAAACCCUGUUGUGAGGCAAGCGUUUAUCAUGGGUAGAAACCCAGUGGGCAUAAUAUCCAAGAACAAUGUCAAUUCAGUGCCGAAUCAAUGUCAUCAACAGUGAUUCAAUGUUGAACAAAUGCCACUCUUGAAUAUUGCUUCCACUGGGAAGGCGAGAUAAAUAACUACCUUACCAUGGACACUAAGGUAGAGUUAUCAUAAAAAAAAUAAUGGUGGGAGAAGAACGUGGCUGGCAAAGAGAUAUAGUAUUGGUACUAGUGCUGUUUCUGAUGCUAAAAAGCAAAUGAAGCAAACUUAUAGUUUGCGAACAAAAUAUAGAGCAGUGGUGGUAAGAGUGGCAUAAAAAAUUAUGCAUCAGGAUUUAGAUGCUUAAUUAUGUAAGCAGCACUGUGGCCAGGGUUGAAGAGCUAGUCUCAAACUGAUAGACUGGCAUUAACCAUGGGCAUAGAGUACUUUUAGGCCAGUUCAGGGUAACUGCAGAAGUUUAACAGUUGGCAUGACCUAGUGCAGGGGUGGGGAAGGUGUGGCCUUCGAUGGUACUCACUGUGGCUUUCAAAAGCAAUUUUAAUAAGAAAACAUUUGAUCUAUAAGUUUGCUUUUGACAUGCUUGAAUGUAUAACAGAUUUAUGAAAUAUUUGUAAAGUAAAAUAUGAUUAAAGAUUCCCCACCAAUGACUUAUAAUGCUCCCCCCCCCCACUCUUGACUCAUAGUGCUCCCCCACUCCUAACUCAUCGUGCUCCCCCACUCUUGACUGUGCUUUAAGUUCAUGUUGCUGCCUCACUAUCAUCAAGACCAACCUGUGCUACAAAAAGGUAAGAUAACAAAUACAUUUUAUUUAUAUUUUUUUGCAUUAUUAUUAAUUGGCACAUAAAACAAAUUUGUAUAUAUUUUGUGUAUAUUUUGUGUCUAAAUAUAUGCAAAUAUGAUAAAAAAUAAAUGCAUUGUUUCACUUCAUAUUAGAAAAAUUACAAACACUUGGUGAUAGCUCAAAUUAUGGAAACUGGAUUUCACUCAUACCUAAACUGGGUCUUGAAUAAUAUUAUCCAGAUUUUGUAUGCAAUUACCAAAGUGUAGUUACUGGACGAGAGCUUCGCUCGUGGUGUCUCGUCUUCCCAGUAAUCUGUACCAUAGAACACUCAACCUGUUUGUUAUGGCUUUCACUGUCUUUUUCACUCUACAAGUUAUCUACAACUGUUUGCAAAAGGGAACUUUAUUAUAUUUCUUUGACACCUUUAUUUCUUUAGCUUAAAUGUAUGGCGCCUUGUUCUUGAAGUUGAAGGUUUUAAAAAUUCCUCCUUGUCUAUGUUGUCAAUUCCUGUUACUAUUUUGUACCUAAUGUGUGUGUGUGUGUACAGAUUUUUUGCAUACUCUUCUGCCUUUGGAUAAUUAUAAUUUUACUCUCAAUUCUUCAUAUAUGGCAUUAAUUGUAAAUUACAGAAGGUGGUUUAAGGUUUAAAUGGCUUUCCCUCUCCCCCUCCAGUAUUAGUAUCUUGAAUGAUAUUUAGGACAUUGUAACUAUUCUGCAUCACAGACUGUCUUCCAACCUUGGUGCCUUCGUUUGAUAUUACUUACUUGGCCCCCUCCCCCUUUCCCUGACCAAUGUAUUAUUUGGAAAUGGGGAAUCGAGUCAUUUUUCCCUUGCAUGUAAAAUUCUGUUGAAAUGGUUACAAACUGUAAUAAAAGGCUUAAAUUAAAUUUUUUUUAGUGAUGUAUGUACAGAGAUUUCUAUGUUUACAUGAAAUUUUAGAAAAAGAGGCAUAGCUAGGCAUUGAAAGUACUGUAUAACAUGGUUUAAGAGGAAAAAUCUUCUGGUGCAAUGCAUCCUAGGUCACCCUAGACACAUUCUAUCGCAUUGCUUCAAAAAAGAUUUCCUUAUAAAUACACCAUGCAUUUUGUUAUUUCAUUGUGUAAAACUUACUCUAUUUUAAUCUCUAUCAAAAAAUACUUUAAUUUGAGUUCUGGUAAUUGGUAUCAGCCCAUUAGAUUAUAAUAUUCUAAUGUUUAAUAUUGGCCUUAAACUGCAGGUUAUAAUGUACCUGUAUACAGUACUUAUCGUUUGCCUUCGUAACCAGAGCAUUGUAAUACUGUACCUGUUUUGAUGUCUUUCAGGUGCCGAAUAAUGAAGCAUUUACUGUAUAAAUAUUUUUAAACUAUUAUGCUAUAUGGAUCCUUUCAUUAUAAGGGUCACUUAAUUAACCAUACUGCUUUUAUGAUACAAUAAGGUUGUCAGUGUUAAAAUUUUUAAAUUUUGCUGAGAAUUGUGCAAUACAGUAGUUAUUCUGAUUGGAGAGACCGGCCUGCAGGGAUAUCGAUUCCCAGAAUCAUGAACAGGUAGUUAGUUAUUGUGAUUGAAUUGUAGAUAUCAUUUUAUAACAAAUUUUAGGAAAAUUGUUCUAAUGUUGCUUCAAUUAAAAUCCGCAGCAGGAUGGCAUUUGUAGUCACCGCUACUGGUUGACUGGCCAUUGUUAAUGCAAUUGACAAUCUUUUGUGAUUUUAUAUGUAUGUAUUUUGAAGAAUAAAUAAGGAGAGUGCUCCUUGAAUGAAAGAUAUCUAGCUAGUCAAAAAAAUAAAAUGGUAAGCAACCACUUCUGUAAAUACCAUGACAAAGUUCCACAAGAAGAGUGAGAAGUUAAACAAACUGAUUAUUACAGAAGGUGGCUGGUUGCCUUGAAGAUGUAUAGUUUAUAAUGAGAGAAAUUCCUGUCAAUCCAUGUUGUUCAUUCACUGUACAGUAUAAGAUAUGCUUGUGGUAAGAUAUAUUUUAUAAGCCAAGAAAAAAGUGAAGCCAUUAAAAUACUAUUGUAUAACUUAGGAUUUUAUGAAUGUUACUUGUUUCAUAAUUUAGAGUGAGGUUCAGUAGACAUUAGUAACUAUAGAACAUGUAUUGAUUAGGUUAUUGAUGAUCUGAUGGUGGCUUAAUCCAUAAAAUUAUACUAUAAUCUUGUGUUGAAAUUGUAUUUCAAAGCAAAAUUCUAGUUUAGCAUAAAUAACUUUAAGCAAACAUACCACUUUUAAGGAUACCAGUAGGCAAAACACGCUCAAGUAUCAUUUAAUCAAUGUUGAUUCACUGUUAUACCAAUCUUGUAGUGUAGUAUUAUACCAAUCUUGUUUGAUCAGCUUUGCCCGGGGAGGUACUAAAUUGAGACUAUGCUAAAUAGUUUGUCAGGCUUGGCACCUUUUAAUACUUAGAAACUAAACUGAAAUACAGCCUUUUGGUCAGGUAAUGUAAUUGGGACCUUGGAUAUAGCUCGUGGUAUUAUAAUGACGAGGCGAGUCUGAAAUCAAUUUCAGACAGGUAAUUAUUAUUGUAAAUGUUCCAAUAAAUAUUCAGAUGCAUUUAAAAACACAGUACAGUAAUCAUCACAGUAUUUUAACAGAAUUAUGUAGUGUAUACUCCUGGUUGUGUGUUAAGGUAUUUAAUGUGGAUCACUUGCACAUUACAUAAAUCUUGAAAAUCUGUAUGGAUUAUUGUCAGCAAAUCUCAGUGUUCACAAUACUUGCAUGUUUGUGGCCUGUUGUUGCCUAAAAAAUGAAAAUGCUUCAAACUCAAAAUAAUUUACAACCAUUGAGUUUUCGUUUUAAAUAUGCUCAAAAAACUUUGCCUGCAGCUUCAAUUGUUUUUUUAAAUUUUGCUCCUUGUGUAAAAACCAUUAAAAUCGUGAUUAAUGCUAUGUUGCUAAAGAUACUAUUCAUACCUCUUAAUUUCCCACACUCUGUGACUCCAUAUACUAAAAUACCUUUAGUAUACCUUUAGAUAUCUUUAUAGAUGUAAUUUUUAACAUCACACUCUUAUAGUAUGGACCUGACUAUGCCAGUACAAAGUUAAAUCUUAUCGAGCCUUUCUGACUGUUCAGCCCAAAACAAUCCUUGAAAACUAUUUUUUUUUACUAGAAUAAAAUGUCUCUUGCACACUAUUGCAUUAAUUUUUGUACAUUUCUAACAAAAAUAUUACAUUAAUUUAACUUUGGGAUGUGAGGUGUUAAUAAGCCUUAUCAUUGUCUACUCUGCAUUUUAAUUUACAGUAUUUUAAAGUCAAAUAAAAUACUGUAUGGUAUGGACUGACGUGGACCUCGGUAAAAGUAUCACUACAUAAAAUUUGACAUGGCACUGUUCCACUUGUCUGAAAGAGUACAUUCCCAUAAAAUCAGGAGGUUACUGUACAAUACAGUUUAUGAAUACUGUAUUAUGUAAGUUUAAUUAGUGAGUGUUUACCAGCAACUGAAGUACUAUAAGUUCAAUAUGUAUAUACUGUACUGGAAAGGAGGCUAUUAAAUACAUAUUAAGGAUUGUAUUCACUAGCUUGUAUAUUUUUAUUUUAUUUAUCUUAAAAAUAAUUUAUGGAUAGUUUUUGUAAGUUUUAACAUUGUACUGUUACUGUACAUGCUCACAUUGCCUUAGUGAUUGUCAUCUGUGAAUUAUAAAAAUGUAUUGUUAAAUCAGGUAAAUACAUAUAGCAGGGUGACUGUUUUGGACUUGGCAAACUUGUAAAACUUUCAGAAAAUAUUGAAGCCAUAUGAAGGGAUUGAACCUACAUCCCUGAAUCCCCCCAAGGCACAUGUGUUACAGGAUGCCUGAUGCAUUCGCAGAUGCAGGUUUGAUCCCAUUGUACAGGUUAAAUAUUUUCUCAUAAGAUAUAGCAUGUUUUUUGUGAUUUCAUCAUGUGUUGCUGUUUUAAAACCUUGUUUUCAUUUAUCUAUAUUACUUCUCAAUGCUGAGGUUACUUAUUUUGUGCAGUAAGUAUCUUUGUGAAUAUUUUCUCAUAUAUUUGCUAAUGGAAUGAUUUUCUUCCUUCAAGCAAUGUAUUAUCACUCCAGUCUCUUUACAGGAAUCAUCUCAAGAAAUUAUUAUAAUUAUUUGAAUUGGUUGAUGCCUUUUGGAUUAAUCCAGUUUCCUUGCUCCCCUGUUCCAAGGCUUGUAUUUCUCAGGUCAUUUGGAGUGUUAUGAAGUCUAGCCAGCCUGUGGUCUUCCCUUGUGCCCAUGAUGUUAGAAAGUAUGCUAUCUUUCAGCUGUGUUUGUAAACAUGUCCUGGGCUGAUAAUCAGAUAUGGGGGUUCUGGAGGUCAAACAGGGUUCUGGCAGCCUGGUACUUGGUUAAUGUCCCUGGGCCUUGGCACUCUUGUGUGGCCUUGGGUCGUGUCUCUCAGCCAGGAGUUUCAUCCUUGUUCUGAUUCCUGCGGUGCUUCCUCCUCCCUAUUAAAGUGGACCAGUGUAAGGGUUAAGGUGAGUGUUAACCCUGUGUAUUAUAUAUGAGUUGAUAUGAAUAACUUGUAUCUACAUGUAUAAGCUCUGUAUUAACACACUUGCAUUGUGGUGACACAUGGUGCCAAUUGACUGUUUAAAUUGUCCACCCCAUUAGUGGGUGGAGCUUUGCAGGCCAUGUUCCAUAGUACCCCACUAAACUAUAGUGUCACUGCCCACACCAUAUGUGUCUAAGUGAUUUCUUUGGGGGAUGUAGUGAUAUAUGGUGCUGUAAUCUAGUAGUGUGUAUUGUAUAUAAUCCCAUGAUGGAGCAGCGAAAGGAAAUAAAAGGAGCAUUCUUUGAUGCAAACUGCAACAUCUGUGGUAAAAAUUCACAGGAAUUAAAUGCUGUACUGUAUAUGCAUUUUUUAUAUUUAUUUUAUGUAUGCAAUACAGUAAACAUUCUGAAACAUUUACAUGAGAAAAAGUUGUUUAAACAUGAAAUGCUUAUAAACAAAAUGUAAAAUGCUUACAAGCCUUUCAAUUCUAGAUAGCUUGCUGCUAUGCAAUCAAAACAAUGCCUCAUAAAUUUGGAUGUAACUUUUUUCUUUACAAUAUAGCAAACAUUUCUGAACAUUUACAUUAAGAAAAAUUGUAGCAUACAGCAAUAAACAGCUGUUCAAAUGUAAAAUGAUUGAAAACAUUCAUGUGUGGCAAUUGACGGGUGCUUCCAUUGCUGGUUUAUUUCAAGGAAGUGGUACAAAGUCCAGUAUGCGAGUGUGUCGAAUUCCAUAUAAAAAUUGUAUUUUUAUAAAUAUCUUCAGUAUACAUUUGUGUAAUACCACACGUUUAUUAUACAGAGUAAUAUGUUAAAAUUGUUAUGUGCCUUUCAUGAACCAAUCUUAUAAUUCUUAUAUGUCUUGUACGUCUUAUAAUUCAGUAGUAUGCUCGUCACCAUGGAGUAAUUUUUAUCACCUUUGCAUCAUCAUGUACUUUUCAUAAUCAUUCAAGUAUUAACAACAUUCUAUGUACACAUUGUAAUAUUUCCCAUUUGAUAUCUCACAUAUAGUUGGUUUUAACAUUAAGCUGACGUAAGUGCAAGAAGCCAAGUGUGCUGAUGGCACUUAAUUCUUGUAAUACUAGUUAAUUUUUAUUUUCUUUGAAGAUGUUUGUCAUUCCAUUUUGAUGCUCAGUAAGGAGUUAUUUUACUUGUGUAAGCAUAACUAACCUUACAUGUACUAUACCAGAUCUUGAAUCCAUUUCAGUGUCAUGUGAUUCAAACAAGUAUCAUUAAUAUUGUUAAUCAAAUUUAGAAAUUAGUACAAAGUCUUCAUAUAUAUAUUCUUAUAAAUACUGAGCUAUUAAAAUAUUAUAUGAA